CAGUGACCGAGAUAUUUAAUUACAUAUGACAUGAUGAUGCCUACACAAAUGAUCCUGAGGACUUGGUUUCCCUGAAGUUUCUGCACGACCAGAGAUGUGGUUCAAUAUGUUUACAGAACAUCGUUGCCUGCCAUGGCAGCUUGUCGACAGCUUACACUGACAAAUCCACUCCCUACUUCUAUGAUGAUGUAUGGACAUGGAAAAUUCCAUGCUUCGAAGACCUGAGGGAAAGGUGCCAUCGGACAAACAACGACAGGCGUUGGGCAGCAGUCACCUUCCGGAGAGCUGAUGGCAUGGACGCAGAGCGACCACAUGGUCCUUGGCAAGGACCACACGGCUAUUACCUUCUGUUUUCUAUGCAGGGCAUGGGGAGGGGGUGCUUUUGGAUGAAUUCUUCCGAGGGUUUUUACAGUUCCAAGAGCUUUCUUGUAGCUAAACGACUGAGGAUCUCCACUGUCACGGAGGGUCACAAACCCAAGAAUAAACACACUGUGCGUGCACUGUUGCAGUGGAACCUAUGGUUGGUGAGAGGAGUCUUUUCGGUGGGUGGUGCCUAUAUAAGGAGGGGCCGAUGUGAAACAAACUUGCAGCCAAGGAAAGGCAUCUAUGGCAGCUUCCUUUGUCCUCUGAGGACGAACCAACAUCAAGAGCUAGCCGUAUGAACUAUCUUGUUGAGGUUCUCUCUUUUCUUCUCCUUCUUCUUCUUCGGCUAUUUUUCUGGUGACACCACUCAUCGAGCUCGAUCUUUUCUCCUCUGCUGCCUAGAGAUCACGUCAAGUGUAGUUUCCGUUUCGACGAAGACCUGUGUCUGGUCCUUUUCAGGGACCUUCUUUGUGAUUGCCGGGAGGCAAAGCAGCAGCCUGUCUUUCCAUUUUUCCCGAUCAAAUAUACAACAGCUCCCAAAGCUUUCUAUCAUCACCAUCCAUUCUAGCUUUUCCUUUAAGCUCUUGGUACCUCUCUGCCUCCAACUAGCAGCUGUAAAGAAGCACCAUGGGAGGCACCCUGGAAUGCUUCUCCAACUUUCUGGGAAGUGGCCGCAGGCACAAGAAGAGGAAGCAGUUUCAGACGGUGGAGCUCAAGGUCAGGAUGGACUGCGAGGGCUGUGAGCUGAAAGUUAGAAAUGCGCUCUCCACCAUGAGAGGAGUGCAGUCGGUGGACAUCAACAGAAAGCAAUACAAGGUGACGGUGACGGGCUAUGUUGAGCCACACAAGGUGAUCAAGAGGGUUCAAUCCACAGGGAAGAAGGCUGAGCUCUGGCCUUACGUUCCUUACAACCUGGUUGCCCACCCGUACGUUGCCCCAACCUACGACAAGAAGGCACCCCCUGGGUAUGUCAGGAAUAUGGAGGUCAUUGCAGUCUCCAGCCAAGUGGUCAGGCCGGAGGACCAGCUUACCUCUCUAUUCAGCGAUGACAACCCGAAUGCCUGCUCCAUUAUGUAGCUGUGGGGAUCACUUGCACUCGCAUCCAUAGGGUUUCAGAGCAGACAUAGUGACUGAUUUCAGCUUCAGAUCUGCCGCCUGCGUUCUCCGUUUAGAUUGUCAUCUUUUUCUCCUUCGUUUGCUUUCUUGAUCGCAGUGAGGGUGGAGUAUAUAUAGAAUAUUUUCCAUUUUGUUGGUGGCCAAGAAUUCAUUGGGUUCUGCGACUGAAACCUGUCUUCACAUGCAUGCACGCGAGAAUCAUGUACGUUGCUGUCUUCGAAGCAGACAUGAAGACAGUAACGGAUGCAGGUGUACUCUCGGAACAC